AUGGGAACUGAGGCUGGUGAAGGCCGUCGCCUUGUCCUUUGUUUCGACGGCACCGGGAAUAGAUACAAAGGAAAUGAAUCCGAUACUAAUGUCGUCAAAAUAUAUGAGAUGCUGGAUAGGCAUAAUAAGAAACAAUAUCACUACUAUCAACCCGGCAUUGGAACAUUUAGCACUGGGUCCAGCGGCUCAGGUUUAACAUGGUUUGGUCGCAUGAGGGCUAGCAUGAGCCAGUUGUUUGACCAAGCCGUAGGUAGAACCUUCGAAUACCAUGUGAGCUGCGGAUAUAAGUUCUUGAUGAAAUAUUAUGAACCCGGGGACGAUAUCUACAUCUUCGGUUUCUCUCGCGGUGCAUAUACCGCCAGAUUCUUAGCAGAAAUGAUCGAGAUGGUUGGCCUGCUUUCUCAAGGCAAUGAGGAAAUGGUGCGGUUUAUCUUUGCUUCCUUCAGCGAAGUGCAGCAGACAAGAGGAAAGAGAAUAAAGACAAGAAAGGAGCUGGAGCACGAUGAAUACUUGCAGAAAUUCAAGCGAACAUUCUGUCGUCCUGAUGUCCGAGUUCAUUUUCUUGGUCUGUUCGAUUGUGUGAAUAGCGUUGCUCAGUUUGAAAUACCAUUCAGAAGGCACUCUUACCGAUAUAUAGCAAAGGCUCCUGCAAGACACAUCCGGCAUGCUGUCUCCAUCCAUGAGCGCCGUCUCAAGUUCAAACCUGCUCUUUUUGUAUUUGAAGAGCAGUCAAAGAAGGCUGACAUCAAAGAAGUCUGGUUCGCAGGAAACCAUUGUGAUGUCGGUGGCGGAUUCCGAUACGAGGGCGGCUUAAAAUGCCUGCUAUCCGACAUCCCGCUAGCCUGGAUGGUUGAAGAGGUUUUUGCCCUAGAAGAUACACCAGCCGGCAAGCUCGCUUUUCAAAAGUCCACCAUCGAAAACCUCAAGCACGUGAAAACUGGUCGCGAAAUGGGUGAAGACCUGUCUUCAUUUUCGAAGCCGCCGUUAGACGCACCUCUCAUCAACAUACCAAAUCAUCACGAUUUUCUCUCAAUAAACCGUGGAGCAUCCUGGGGUAAAACAUUCUUGUGGUGGAUCAUAGAAAUCCUACCGUUCUUCACACGUCUCGAACUUGAACAUGAUGAGUGGAAUCCCCGCUACUGGCCGCCGAACUUUGGAGCCGAAAGAGAUAUCCCGCAGGAUGCAGAGAUCCAUAAUUCGGUGGAGGAGAUGUGUAAAGCUGGGUUGUUGAAGAAGAUGCCCAAGCUUGGCGGAGAUGAUGCGCCACUCCUCAAGGAUCCUCUUAUAGUAUUCCGCGUCUUUAUGCCGUGGAAGUGGCGUUUCAUGCCAAAAAAGCGUGUCGUGUAA